UUCGUAGAUGAAUGGUCACACGACUUGUAAAAGCGAAUCGUCUUAGCAACAACUCCUCGACUGAUAGUGGAACAAGUACAUAAAUAAGAAUUAGAAAUGUUCAGACGCGUGUGUCCAAGUUUUAAAAGUCUACAAGCACGCGUUUGCCUGAACUGUUUCAGGACGAAUGUUCACCGAUGGAACCACACAGCAGCGGUCAAACAAGCCCUGCAAUACAAGAAGGGUGACACGAUUGGCGGGUACACGGUGCGUCAGGUUGAAGAAGUCAAAGAACUGCACCUCGCUGCUGUUCGGCUUUUUCAUGAAAGAACUGGCGCUGACUUUCUCCACGUCGCUCGUGACGAUCGCAACAACCACUUCAGUGUUGCAUUUUCAACGCUACCAACAAACAGCACAGGCGUGCCACACAUCCUUGAGCACUUGACAUUAUGUGGUUCUCAAAAGUACCCCUGCCGCGACCCCUUCAUGAAGAUGCACAACCGAUCGUUGGCUACAUUCAUGAAUGCGAUGACGGGUUGCGAUGUCACAUUCUAUCCUUUCUCAACGCAGAACAUCAAGGACUAUGAGAAUCUUAUGCGAGUUUAUCUAGAUGCAGUGUUUUUCCCACAGCUGGCCAAGUUGGAUUUCAUGCAGGAGGGAUGGAGGCUUGAGCAUACUGAUCCGAAGGACAAAUCUUCACCCAUUGUCAUCAAAGGAGUUGUAUACAACGAAAUGAAAGGAGUCUUUUCCAACUCAAGCAAUGACUUCAACCAGGCCAUUGUUAACAAGCUGUGCCCAAGCGGUGUGUAUGGCCAUGUGAGCGGUGGUCAUCCACUUUCGAUCCCUGACCUCACCUGGGAGCAGCUCAAAGAAUUUCAUGACAAGCACUACCACCCAAGCAAUGCCAGGUUCCUUACCUAUGGUGACUUUCCCUUGGAAAAGACACUGUCACUAAUUGAUGAGUUGGCCUUGUCAAAGUUUGAGAAAAUUGAAAGCAGCCAUGUCAUACCUCCUGAGCCAAGGUGGAAAGAACCGAGGAUGGAGACCAUGACUUGUGUUCCAGACCCAUUGGCUGCAAAUCCUGAGAAGCAGUCAACAGUGGCAGUAACAUAUGCAAUGAAUGAUUCCACAGUUACUCAGGAAUCAUUUGCCAUGUCAAUACUAAGUCACCUCCUAGUGAAUGGACCCAAUUCACCGUUCUACAAAAACUUACUUCAAGCUGGAAUUGGUGCUGACUAUACACCGUCACUUGGAUAUGAUGCCAACUUGAAAGAAGCAUUCUUCUCGGUUGGCCUGCACGGUGUGAGUAAGGCUGACAUAAACAAGGUGACUGACAUAAUCCAGAAGACAUUUGAUGAAGUUAUCAGCACUGGAUUCCCCCAGGAACGCAUUGAUGCAGCCCUUCACUCUGUGGAGCUGAAUUUGAAGCAUCAGACAUCCAACUUUGGCUUGCUCCUGAAUUAUGCAACAGUUGGUCUCUGGAACCAUGGGGGUGACCCUGUCAGGUCACUCAAGGUGAAUGAACACGUUUCCUGGCUGCGUGAGCAACUGGCAAGCAAUCCACGCUUCUUCCAGGAGAAAGUGCAGCAAUAUUUUAAGGACAACAAACAUUGCCUGACACUAGUAAUGAAUCCUGAUGAUCAUCAUGAAGAGAAAAUUCGUGCCUUGGAGCAAAAGAAUAUUGACAGAAAGCUGGGUGAACUGGACAACGCAAGCCGAGCCUCAAUUUAUGAUCAGGGUCUGAAAUUGCUGGAGCACCAGUCCAAGAAGGAAGACGAAAGCUGUCUGCCUCGCCUUCUCCUCAGGGAUGUUGCUCCUACUAUUGAAAUGACCAAACUCAACCAUGUCGAUAUGGGUGAGCCCUUAAAUCUUGCUUUAAAGCUGCAAACCACGGAGCAGGCCACCAAUGGAGUAACCUAUUUUCGGGCUGUCCUCAAUGCCUCCCACUUGCCUCCUGAAUUGAAGCGCAUGCUUCCACUCCUGUGUGAAGUUCUCACUAAAAUGGGCACUCAGGACAAGGAUUACCGCCAGUUCUUGCAGGAAGUCGAGUUGAAGACGGGUGGACUCCAUACUUCUGUGCAUAUCUCACCCCAUCCAACUGAGCAUGGUCGUUUUGAGCAGGGAGUGCUGUUAUCAUCACACUGUCUGGAAAAUAACACGGAAGCAAUGUUCUCCCUCUGGAAGGAACUCAUCCUUCGGUUGAAACUGGAAGACGAUGAGCGCUUGAUGCAGCUUGUCCAGAUGUGUGCAGCUGGCUUGGCACAAACACUGGCUGACUCUGGCCAUCAUUAUGCCAUGGCACAAGCUGAGAGCUACCUGAAUGCCUGCGCCCAACUUCAGGAAGAGUUUACGGGUAUUUCUCAUAUAACACAGAUGAAAACUCUAGCUGAAGCACCAAACCUCAAGUAUUUGUUGCCCCAGUUGAAAGCCUUGGCGGAUGCCUUACUCAAGAAGGAUUCUAUGAGGUGUUCGCUGAAUGCCAGCCCGUCUGGUCUGUCAGCUGCUGAAAACUGUCUUGAUGGCCUUCUCUCAUCUAUUCCUGGUGCAUGCACCACAAACUGUCCAGAUUAUGUUGUGGAUUCAGACUUCUUUGCCAAAGAACGCAAGAUCCACUUGGUAUUCCCAUUUGGUGUCAACUUCUGUGCAAAGAGCUUCAAUGCAGUGCCUUAUAGCCACCCUGAUUACUCUAGUCUUCAAAUUGCAUCUCAGUUAUUGUCAUUCAAGUACCUGCUACGGGAAGUGAGGGAAAAAGGUGGUGCUUAUGGAGUGGGUGCUGUUGUCCGACCUGGUGGAUGCCUCAGCUUUUACUCAUACAGGGACCCUAACAUGGAGAAAACGUUGGAUGUAUUUUGUGACUCAGUAGCGUGGCUCACAAAAGGAGCAUUUACAGAAGAGGAUCUGGAAGAAUCCAAACUGUCCUGCUUUGCAAAGGUUGACAAGCCGAUCACCCCAGGUGACCGUGGGGCUGCAGCAUUCCUGCAUGGAGUGACAGACGAGAUGAGGCAAGAGCACCGGCAGAGGAUAUUUGCCUGCAGCAAGGAUGAAAUCAUCUCUGCAGUCAAGAGGUGUGCCGGCGAAAGUGGCUGCACAUCAAGUGUUGCUGUCAUCGGCCCCGAAAAUAAGUUCACAGAGACUGGGAAACACUGGCUUGUCCACAGAGACGGCAGUAAGAAGCCUGGAGAGGACCUGCAAGAUGGCAAGGAAGCCGAGCAACUAACCAAAGAGUCUGCCACCCAAUCACGAAGAGGCGCCUCAGUUUCAGAAAACGACAGUAGCAGCAGUGAUAGCGACAGCGACUCCAGCGGUAGCGAAAGCGAUGAGGACUCUGAAAGGUUUCUACUAAAGGUUCAUGGCCUCCCCAGAGACAUUACGCCAGCGCUGAUUUCCAAGCACUUAAAGAAAGCAGGCAUCAAGGUGUCUAGGGGCGCCGAGGGCGUUCUAUUGUUGACCAGGAACAACCAACCAUCCGGCAGGGCAUUCGUUCAGGUGACGUCGAAAGAGGACCAAGAGAGGGCCUUAAAUUAUACAUGGGGAAGCGCCCAGUUAUUGGGUCGGGCCAUAAAGGUCGCCCGGGCUCAAGCGGACGACGUUCGCCGCUACGUCAUGACAAGGGCGCCCCCGCCGAUCGCGCUUAAGGACAUAGUUUCCAGUCGUGUCGUGCAUGUUCGCAACCUUGCAAUGGACGUAACGGAGGAAAAACUGAAGGAGUUUUUGUCCCAUUGCAGUGUGUUGCGAAUCGAUCGUGAACGAUUCGACUCGAACAAGGCUCAAAGAUCAGCGUUCGUCCGGUUCGCUACCACCGAAGAUGCCCAAAGAGCGUUGGCUAUGACUGGGAAAAUGCUGAAAGGGAUGAAGGUGGAGCUGCGGCUCGUCUCGGAGGAUUACGCCGACAGGCUACUCGAGGGAGACCUUCCAAACUUGGCAUCAUACGCGGACAAGACGACCUCGCGAAUGCGAGCUCGCAGGACGUCGACUACCUCGCGAAAGCAGCCAGUCAAGGAGUCUGGUGAGCACUGGAUCCCUGUCCAGGAGGCAAAGGAGCAAGACUUGGAAAAAGUACUGCAGUCAUCGGAGGGACAGCACAGAGUCGUCGCUGAGGGCCUUCCCUUUAGCGCCACUCAGAUCGGCAACUUUCUGUGGCCCUCGAAGCCGACCGCGGUGGUUCGCGUCCUACAUGCCAACGGCGGACGGUCGGCAAAAACGGUACUAUGGUUCGCGAGCCUUGCUGACGCCCAAGAAGCCGCCAAAAAGAAUGGUCACGUGAUCUUUGGCCGCCGCGUGAAGAUAACACUCGCAACUUCUGACGUGCCCAGUGGCCAUGACGGUGUGGCCGCCAAAACGGCGGCUUCUUCUUCUUAGGCAGCACCGUGAAGGAAAUUUAGCUUCUAGUAGUUAGUUCUAGCUGUUGUAUUUUAGCAUAAGAUCACCACUUCCAGGUUAUCGCUUUUAGGAUGUACUUAGUAUGUGAUCACUACUUCCGAGCUAUCGCGUUUUAUGAUCGAACACUUGCAGCAUGAUGCUGUGCACGGGGAAUAUAUAGUGCUCAGUACCUAAAACGUGAUGCUCGUAGCGCAUCGCCGCUGACGCAUUCUGUGGCACAGCUUCGCGCUGGGGACACCGAGCUCUCUCGUUGUGGUAUGCGAUGAAAGCGAGAACCGUUUUUAACGGCACAUUUGAUUGCCGGACGCACGCGGUCCGGGUAUCGCGUUUCAGUCGCUGAGCACUGUGGUACUUUCUACAUGAUGUAACGCAAGUACGCUUUUCGCGGCAUAGAUCGAUCGCCUCGGACUAUGUUAUUGCCUAACGAAUAUAUACCAAGGCCCGACGUUGUGUGAUAACCGCUGCACUGGCUAUGUGUGCGCGCGUGUUCAUGAAGCGGACCCGUGCAAGUGCCGGCGUUGUACGCUAGCUGUACGAAUACAACGCUCGACUGAUGUUAUAUGUGUUGUGCAAGAGUGUUUCAUGAACGUUUCAUCAGUGUUUUCACAAGUCGAGCUGGACGAGAUAUUGUGGUUUGGUUAUCUGUCGCGCUUUUGCUGUAUAUCAACUGCAUAAAUGGCAUUUGUUGUAGUUUUUGUAAAUAGAUCUUGAUGCCUCCGCCAACCACCUGGUUCUGCCUUGCAAAGCCUGCCAGCGGCUCACUGCAAAACCCUUCCUCGUCAGUAGCAAUGUACUUCAAACCAUGUAGGUAAAUGUGAAAGCGUUUGUUUUUGAGUCAUUGAUCAUGAAAGAAUGACGUGUCAACGUAUUGCCUAGCGGGUCUUGGUCAGCCUUGAAGGCUUCGUGUCAUGAUGUGCAGCAAUUGUGCAAACGUCCCGCAAGCGUUGUUGCAAAAUAAAGAACAAUGGUGUAUUUCAUCACAGA